CGCCAGGUGCUGCGCUUCUACGGCUGGUUUGGCGAGCCGGUGUCGGACAGCCCGCUGGAGUCGUGGCGUGUGCGCAGGGUGGAGGUGCUGCUGUACCUGGAGGACAAGACGGUGCAGGUCACCGAGCCGCCUGCGCCCAACAGCGGCAUCAUGCAGGGCACGCUGGUGCGGAGGCACAAGCUGCCCAAGGAGGGAGGCGGCUUCCUGGGCCUGGCCGACAUGGCGGUGGGGCAGAGCGUCAAGGUGUAUGGAAAGGAGGUGCACAUUGUGGAUGCGGAUGCCUUCACCCGCGAGCAUGCCGCGCAGCACGGCAUCCAGCUGGCGCCGGCGCAGCCCUGCCCCGUGUCGCCCAUCGAGGAGGUGCUGGCAGCCAAGUCCAAGCCCUCGGGUGCCGCCGUCCCUGUUGCCUGCCCCCCUGCCGCAGGCCUGAGCCGCGCCGACCCCGACUCCCCCUCCAAGUUUGCCGAGGCGCUGCUGGGGCGGGAGUACAACAGCAAGAGCCUGCAGCAGUUCCUGCAGCACGGCGGCGAGGUGCUGCGCUUCUAUGUCCUGUGGGACGACAGGCAGGCGCAGUUUGGGGACAGGUGCCCCACCUGCCCCGCCCUGCCACGCCCGCAGGCGGAGAUCAUGGAAGUGUUUGAGCCCAACAGCGGCCGCACCGGCUUCCCCACCUUCCUCAAGCGCGGCCCACUGCCGCGGGUGGCGGUGGGCGGCGCGCUGCCGGGCCAGAACCGGCUGGCCGCCGACCAGUGCUAUGCGCCGGGGGACCUGCGCAUCGGCGCCACGCUGGGCGUGCUGGGCCGCCAGCUGUACAUCUACGACUGCGACGAUGCCACCCGCAAGUGGUACACGGAGCACCUGGGCUUCGCCCCCGAGCUGCUGGCGCCCAUCGACGUCAGCGAGCCUGCAAAGGUGCUGCCUGUGCCGGAGCUGCCGCCCGCCCGGCACGGGCUGGGCAUCGGCAGCCCCGAGGACACGCUGCAGAACUGCCUGCGCCUGGUGCCCAAGCCGCCCAAGCGCGACCACUACCGCUGGCAGACGCUGGAUACCGUUGUGCUGCGGUAUGAGGCGGUACUGGAGCCUGCCGAGGGGCGCAAGCUGAUCAACAUCGACCGUGAGCGCCGCUUCGUGCUUUCCUUCUUCAUGUCGGACCAGACGCUGUCUGUGUUUGAGCCGCCCCAGCCCAACACGGGCCUGCCGGGCGGCAAGUUUUUGGAGCGGGCCAAGGUGUACAAGCCGGGCAGCAAGCUGGCGUGGUACACGGAGGCGGAGAUGAAGGUGGGCACGGUGCUGGACCUGCACGGCCGCCGCUUCCGCCUGGUGGGCGCAGACGCCUUCACCGAGCAGUUCACCAGGGAGCGCCUGGACGGGGCAGCGGCGCCGCAGUGA